GCAGUUUGUCAAUGAAUCUGUCGCCCAGGUUCAACCCCUCCCACUCUGUGGAAGGCUUAAUUGUCAUCCCUGACGAAAACUUGCGUGGGCUUAAAUACCGUGUGCGCGUCUUGCACCGAGGGUGAAUGUGACCAACUUGUCCAAACGGGCAUCUCUUCUCUCUCUGAGUUUUAAGCCUCCUUGUGUGCGUUGCUUCAUUUCGACCGACAAGCAGCAUGCAGGUGUCUCUGGCCCUCCUCGUCUCCAGCUCGGCGCUCCUGCUGCUCCAGGGAUGUUGCACCGCUGUGAAGGGAUGGAAGGUACUAAAAAACGAUGCCACGGAGAUUUUACCGGACUACACGGAAAAUACCCGGACACCGCAGGAGGCAGUGCUGCAGGCGUCCAACGUCAGAAACAGCAGCAAUAGCAACACUAUGAAUAACCGGGCGAAGAACGGUGGAAGGACAACAAACACAGUCUCCUACAGUGCCUCAGAGCUGAGCUGCAGGGAGCUGCGUUCCACCCGUUACAUCAGCGACGGAUCCUGCCGCAGCGCCAAGCCUGUCAAGGAGCUGGUGUGCUCGGGCCAGUGCAUGCCUGCACACCUCAUGCCAAACUUCAUCAGCCGCGGCAAGUGGUGGAGGAGCGGCGCCACGGACUACCGCUGCAUCCCAGCUCACUCCCGGACACGGAGGGUGCAGCUUCAGUGUCCUAACGGCAACACUCGGACUUACAAAAUCCGUGUGGUCACCUCCUGCAAGUGCAAACGCUUCAGGCCCCACCACAACCAAUCAGAGGCCAAGGAGGUCCCAAAGACACAACGCAACAAGAAGCACAGUCGUUUAUCUCAAGAACGAAACAAGAACAACAGGCCACUGAUGGGCAACUCGUACUGAUGCUGAUCUUCAGCCUCCAAGAACAGAAACUAAAGCACAUUCCUACACACGCACAUUACACAACACAUCAACCAACUUGUCUCCUUCAAAUGGGGAGGAGAUGCAUGAGAAAUGACAGAGAGCGAAUUCAUAAGCUAAUUCCUGAGCUGAUUUGAAGUCAUCUGUCCUUAUUUUUCAGCCACUUGUCAGCAUAUCUGUGAUCUUUGCUUAUUUGCUUGACAACAGGAGUCAGUGCUGGGGCUUGUCAGGUGAUGUAGCACUACGUUGGAUAAUACAAAACAAGUAUCUCAUCAUCCCAACAGCUCCACACCUCCCUGGGCUCAGUUCUGUUUCCCACUCACAUAAAUUUUAUUUAAACAUAAUGAGAAGUCCUUCCCGAGGCCUCAACCCCAUCUGUCCAAACACCCAGCGGAUGCAGAGCCCCACCGCACCACAGCUCUGUUUAAAGCUGAAGAGAUGUACCUCUGCUCCACAGUGGUUGUAAUCCUUCUCUUUCUGGCUGUGUGUGGGGGAGACGGUGGCAGCUCUGGGGGCUCUGAUGUGGGAUGUUGACAGGUCUGGGGAGGCCCUGGCCUAUGCGGCGGUCUACGCAGCGCUCCGGCAGCUUACUGCAGGCUUCACUCCAGGCUGCGGCAAAAACCUAGACACAGUAGCACCUUUCCCACAGCUAGAUACACAAAGUCAGGAGAGCAGUUUUGUCAGCACUAGCAUUCCUGUGAUUCCUCUUAAUUACUAAAUGGACCCAUUCCUGUGUUAGGGUUUGAGUCAUAAAAAGCCAUUUCCUGUUUGCUGGGGUCACAUACAAAAAGUGCAUGUGUAGGAGGCAUAAGAAAAUUGUGUGCUGAUGUGUUGUUACCUGGGUUCAGGGCGAUAUCCAACACACCCACUCCAGAAUCCCUGUCUAACGGGCCAGAGUACCGUCUGCAAGAUUGAUGGCACCUCCACUCUGCUCCGCUGCUAUUCUCUAAAUAGCUCAAUGGAAAGAAUAGGAGCAAAAAUAAGACGAAGAAGACAAUAAUUCAGGUUUUAUCUUUGUUUUAACUGCUACAACCCUGCAGGAAGAAGAAGUGGUGAUACCCUGUCACUGCAGGCAACACAGCCUCCUUCCUCAGCAACACCUCAGGCUGAACUUUACUCCAUGAAGAGUAGACCCACUGGUUCCACAUACUGUCAGCACUCCGCUGUUUUUCUGCUCAUUCUGCUUCCACUUUUUGGUUACCUAAACUGUCCUGACAAUGUUUGCGUCUCUUUCAACUUCUGUGUUUGAAAUAUCAACUGGAAGUGGUUUGUCGUGUCAGCCGAAAGCUGCAGUGCAUAGCAUGACUGUACAUAUACCUGUGUGGUCUUCUGCAGCGGUGUCACUGCAUGGCGGGAUGCUAAAGAGAAGUGAGUGGGGCUGUUUUCUGCAGACAUAAAAAAGAACUGUUAUAUAGAGAAUGAACUGCAUAUUUAUUUUUUAUUUCCACAUGUAAAUUAUUUAUGCAACUUUUGUAGUAAAUGAUAGCCAUUAUUGUCAAACAGUCUGAUAGAGGCUUUGGAAAUGAAAUACUGUACAGUACAUGAAUAAAGUAAAGGCAGAU